AUUUCGUUUCCGGUUUCAUCAAUUGGCCUUAUUUAUUUUAUUUACUUGUCAACUAUUUUGCGGUUCUAUUUUUUUUGUAUGUCAAAUGUAAGGAUUUAAACAGUCUACUUUUACAGAGGGAUACGGGUCAGGGAAUUGGGGCACUAAACAACGCUACUGGUGCUGGUGUGUCGUAAAUAUUUGAGGCGGGGAUAAGGUGACAAAUUACCGUCGGCUGAACUAUCAGGAAUCGAAUCGCCAAAUACGUCCUCGUUCCUAGCAGAAUUUUGUGGAAGUUUUGUUUCCAUUAUGGAAUAAAGUUGAACUUUAUUUGAUUUUGAGUGUGUUAACCUGAAGAACUAAUUCACAAUGGAUGACAUAUUUACUCAAGUGAAGGAAGGAAAUGCCUUUCACGUUCGAGUGUGGUUAGACAACACAGAAAAUGAUCUGAAUCAGGGAGAUGACCACAGAUUUAGUUUAUUACAUUGGGCAUCUCGAGAAGGAAGAGCUAAUAUAGUUGAUAUGUUGAUACAGAGAGGAGCUAGAAUUAAUGCUACCAAUAUGGGAGACGAUACACCACUACAUUUAGCAGCAGCACAUGGUCAUAGAGAUGUUGUAUUAAUGUUAUUACAUAAUAAAGCUAAUGUUAAUGCUGUAAAUGAACAUGGUAAUACACCAUUACAUUAUUCCUGUUUCUGGGGUUAUGAUCAAAUAGCAGAGGAUCUAGUUAAUAAUGGUGCCUUAGUGAGUGUUUCUAAUAAAGCUGAUGAUGUACCUUUAGAUAAAGCAAAACCAUUUCAAGCCAAGUUACUCAAAGAUCGAGCUGUACAAUUAGGUCAAGAUAUAAGUAAAAUACCAUUUAAAGAUAGAAGUUGGUUGGGUUAUAAAACAAGAAGUCGUGAUGCUUUAUUAUCCAGACAUGCAGGUAUUGAUAUUGCACAGUUACAGUUAGUCGGCCAUAUUGCAGAUACUCAUUCUGGUCAGACCUGGCGUGGAUUAUGGCAAGGAAAUGAUAUUGUUGCCAAAAUACUCAGUCUUCGAGAAUGUACUGUCAGAAAUUCUAGGGAUUUCCAAGAAGAAUUCCCAAGAUUAAGAAUCUUCAACAAUCCUAAUAUAUUACCAGUUAUAGCUUGUUGUAAUCAACCACCUAAUUUAGUUGUUAUAACACAGUUUAUGCCAUUUGGUUCUCUCUUUAAUACAUUACAUGGUGAAUCAGGUAUUGUUGUGGAUCAAAAUCAAGCUUUAAGAUUUGCUAUUGACAUCGCAAGAGGCAUGGAAUUUCUUCACUCAAUGGAACCAAUGAUACCAAACUUCCUGUUAACUUCAAAACAUGUCAUGAUUGAUGAAGACCUCGCCAAAAUUAAUAUCGAUGAUCCAAAGUAUCAUGCUAAUGAUACACUCAAUGGGAUUGAUGAAGAUCUUACAGCUAGAAUAAAUAUGGCUGAUUAUGUCUUCUCCUUUCAUGAAAAAGGCAAAUGUUAUUCUCCAGCUUGGAUGGCUCCUGAAGCUCUACAGAAGACUGGUGAAGAUUUAAAUCAGAGAGCUGCCGAUAUGUGGAGUUUUGCUAUACUAUUGUGGGAAUUAGAAACUAGAGAGGUACCAUUUGCUGACUUGUCACCCAUGGAAAUUGGCAUGAAGAUUGCUUUAGAAGGUUUACGUAUAAAGAUUCCACCUGGUAUUUCUAGUCACAUGUCUCGACUUAUUAAGAUCUGUAUGAAUGAAGAACCGGGUAAACGCCCACGAUUUGAUAUGGUCAUACCUAUUCUUGAUAAAAUGAAAACUUCAGAUAAAUAGAUACUCACCAAGCGAAACACAUUAAAAACUGUAUUCAAUGAACAACUGCUCAGGCCCUUAUAAUAUAAUGAGUAUCAAAUCCAAUAAAGAGUACAUCAGACUCUAACCAAACUUGUGUGAAUCAAUCACAAAUGACAUUUUCCAUUUUUCCAAGCAUUAUGGCACAAUACAUUGUUAAAAUUUUAAGAUUAUCGUCUUCUGUAAGCUCCAAGCGCUGAAGCGCAGAAAGAUCUACAAUAGGCAGAUUUAGGUCUUACAUAAUGUAUCUUUAAACAAAGAAAAUUUAAUUUUAAUUUUUGAUUCUUCAGGGUCGUGAUAAAAGAAAUAACCUUUCUAGCCACAUGAGCCAUGGUUUGUUUAAAAUUUUA